AUCGACAUUUCUUUAUUUUCAUUUAUCUCUAAAAGGGAAACGAAAAGUUUUACUUUCGUUAGCGGUUCAUAAGGAAAGGUCUCGUUCUGUGGAAAACUACGAGGAAUAUGAGUUCUGAUGAAACUGACGUUGCUCGUCUUGGUAGAAGAUUGAGUGCAGUGGUCUAUGAUCAAUUCUUCGAUGCAUCACCCCCAGAGAGAAGAGCAGAUCAACUAAGAACUGAACCGAAAAUUGGAGACUGCCAUAUUUUUGACUAUCAGAAGUUUAGAAAUCCUCGCCUUGGAUCUGAAAAAGAUGUUGAAAGAUUGUAUUAUGAUUUCAAUGAAUUGAAUUUCAAUGUUCAUAGAGAUUACAAAGAUUUAAAUAAACAACAGACAUUAGAUGCCUUGAAACUGGCUGCCGAAAGGAGCAAUAAAGAACACAAAUAUUUUGUCUGCUGCUUUUUGUCUCAUGGAAAGCUUGGGGUAUUGCAGCUGCAGAACGAUGACUUAGAAAUAAAAGAGAUUCUUGGAUGCUUUUCACGUUCGUCGUGUCCAAAUCUUAAAGGGAUACCAAAAAUUUUUAUUUUUCAAGCUUGUCGUGGUAACUGUCGUGAAGAUGGUAUCUCCUGUUUUGAAUGUACAGAGGCAUGUGACACAAUUGAUUAUGAUCCUGUCUUAGACAUUCCAGAUUUCCUUGAUUUUCUUCUUAUAUAUUCGACUUAUAAUGGCGCAGUUGCCUUUAGAACAGAGCAUGGAACCUUCUUUAUUGAUGAAUUGUGUCGUACUAUUGAGCAAUUUAGUGGUGAUUUAGAUUUGUUACAGAUUUUGACAGUAGCUAAUUACCGUGUAGCUAACUUUUAUUUGAGUAAAAAUGACAUGAAAAAGCAGAUGCCUUGUUUUACUUCAAGCUUAACGACUGAAGUGAAAUUUAAUAAAAAAAUCAACAAGCCUUUUGAAACGGAGGAUACCAAAUUCUUUGACAACAGAAGAAGGGAAUCUAAGUUAGGUUUGCAGAGUCUACAAAAUCCAUUGGCGGAUAAGCAAACAUACAGAAUCCAGGAAUCUAAGAAGAUUAAAUUUCUACUUUUGUUAAACACGGAAAACAAUUUCGAAAGUUGUUUGCUUCAAUAUGUUUAUAUUUUAUGGACAAGUAUAAUUAAGAGAAAUUAUGGAAAUGAAACAUUCUCAAACUGGACAGAGGAAGAAUUAAUGGAUUUUCUGAAAGAAGUUGCAGCUCGAGACUAUUCUAAUACAGAUUGUUUGAUUUGCUUCGUUGCUUGCCUGGCAAAAGAGGAUCGUUUGUGCGAUAGCAAAGGAAAUUACUUCCAAAUGCGGAAAAUCAUCGAAACCUUCACUGGAGAUGUGUGCAGUAAACUUCGAGGAAAGCCUAAAAUAUUUAUUUUUUUGACGUCUGCACCAAACGACAAAUCUUCUGUUUGUGCUGAAACUACAGAUUGCAGGGAAGACAACCUUAUCCCAAUACAUUCCGAUCUUCUUGAAGUAGUUAUUACUGUUCAAGAUUCAAACCAAUUAAAAGCUGUGAUAGAAAAACUAUCUCAAAUUUUAGGAGGAGAAAAAUCUGAAGAUGUUUUUACUCAGAUGACCAGGAUGAAUAAUGAACUUGUUAAAAAUUGCGGAUUUCACUCCCUUUCGACCAAGAAAGCAACAUUUUCUAUAAAUUCUACAUUAACUAAAAUUCUAAUUUUAAACAAACCAGACUCUAGAAGUUAAUGAUUUUGUAUUUUUUAAAUUCAUUUUGAAAAUUCACCUGAACUUAAAUAAAUUGUGCAUGCAAACAUAAUGCACGUAAAAUGCUGUACUUGGAAUGUCAAUACUUCUUUAUCAAUUUAUAUACAAUAUGUAUUGUAUUUUUUAAAUUAUGAUGUUCCUACUUUUAAUUCAUCAUAUUGUUUUUUAUUAUGAAGUUAUUAAAAAAUGAUAAUUAAAUGAAGAAAAAAUGAAAUUGUUCUAUUGUGUAUAUUUAAAUGGGUUUUUUAAAAUAAAUUAUUGUGAACA